GUAAAUGCUUGUAUUUUGCGCCAAAAUUCUGUCCAUUUUCGAAUUAUGUUUUAAACAAUAUUUAAUUAAUAAAUAAUACAUGGACGUGUACAGGUGAAUGAUAUUCUAAAUAGUAAAAAAAUAUAGCCACAAUGCCUCCUUCGGCUGUAAAUAUUACAUCCCAGUUGAUAUCAGCUAUAAAAAAAUUCAAAUUUCAUGAAUUGGAGUCAAUCGUUUUACCAUUAUUUCCUGAAACAACAUGGCAUGAAAUUCAACAUAAAUUAAUUAAAAAACAUGAAGCGUUUACUACUACAAACGUUGUAAAAAUAAUAGUACAAUUAAUUAAUGAAAAAGAAAUUAUUGAGAGAGAGUUAAGAAAGCGUUUAACGAUAUUAGAAGUAACGGAGGUGAGCAGACACUCCAAUAGAAAAAUUUGGUACGGAUAUGAAUUAAAACAGAAAAAAAAUGGUGCAUCUUGUUGUACAUUAGAAGACAUACGUAACUCAAUUGAAAGAAAUCUUAACAUGUUACAAUUGAAAAUGGAAAUAAAUUUAAUAACGCAUGAAAGUGUGACUUAUCUUUCUAUGAGAGAAAAAAAGGCUUCACAUCGUAUUUUACCUAUUUUUAUGGCAUUGUUAUUUGAUCUAGGAUAUUUUUUCUGUUCUAAGAAAAGUGUAACUAAAGAAUUUUUGCAUGUAAUAACUGAAAGUUCUGGAUAUACUUCCUAUAAAAAACUUUCACUUAGUGGUCGUGAUAUUAAAUCAUUAGUAAAAAUAUUGCAUUUAAAAAAACAAGGGGUCAUAACAAGUAAUGUUUUGUGCAAUCCAGCUGAUUUUCAAGAAGCUGAAGCUCUUAUUAGAGACAAUGGAAUAGAUUUUCGACAGCACAAACAACGAAAAGAAUACUUGCAACAGUGUUUUGGGAAUGAGCCUCCAAUAUUGGAGGUAUUAGCUGUAAAUAAAUCCAAUACUCAAUGGGCUGAUGAUGAUAUUUCAAAGAAAUUAUCGGAUAUCAAUUUUAACAUGCAAUGGGAAUUUAAGAGUCACAAUAUUACAAAUUUUUUAGUACAAUUGACAGAGAAAAGAUUACUCUCUAAUCCUUUACCAAAUUAUAUCACAAAUUUUUUGAGCUCUGGUAAAAAUGAAUUAAAUCUUAAGACACGUGAUACACAUUGAAAAUUUGUCAUAAGUCAUUAUUAAAUGUAAUUUUAAUUUUUUUAAACAUAAAUAAUGUUUUUUGAAUAUGUAUAUAUUUGACGAA